AUUACCUUUGAUAAGAGUAGUCAUUCAGAUUCUGAGGGUAUAUUUUUCUCCAGUAUUUGGCCAAAUUUAAAAUCAAAUAUAUCAGGCUUCGAGGAUGGAUUAGAGAUAAUAUUCAUAUGGAUUACAAGUGAAAGUGAUACAGAUGUGAAAGUGGACAUUAAGUCUAAAGAAACACGAAAUAAACCUUUUGAAAUUAAUCCCGAAUACACUCAGGUAGUAAUGGAAUUUGGAAAUGUCAACAGAGAUAUUAAUCGAGAUGUUUGGUAUAUAGUUGAUGGCAGGGAGCCAAUGGAAUAUGUCGCCAAGACAAUUCUAAUCUGUUCGCCUCAAAAGCGUUACUAUAGUACGUUUGAUAAGCUUGGGACAACUAUUCGAUACAUGCCAGUGUGGUCUUGGGAAGAGACUGAUACGUGCAGGAAAGUGCUUUUCUGUGAUCUUACUCAAAAGAAGGUUAAGGAAUUACACAAUAAAUGGGGUGGAAUUCCUCGCUUUACCUUGUUUUAUGCUCUCAAUAUUUCUCAGCAAGAACUCCUUCAGAAGGCAAUUAACUCAGUUAAUGAUAAGAUAUUAAAUUUCGUUGGCGAAACCACAGAGGACAAUAGCGCCAGUCACAAAAUUGUUCAUAUCCGUACGAACGUGCCACAAGUAGGUGAGAAAGGAAAGGGAGUAGAGGGAGUAGAGGAAGUAGAGGAAAUGAGUGAAGUAGAAGACGAUGCUGGGGAGUCUUCCUCUCCUGCAGUAACCAAGCAAGACAAAGAUAAUGAAGGGGUACCCUUCUAUACAUUGUCAAAUUUAGAUUUUGCAUCCGAUUAUGUUUAUGAAAAGGUAAUGGAUGUACUCCUAACGAAUUACAAAGAACAGUUGCAGACUUUUGUGCAAGCUAGCAAAUCAAUAAGUGAUUAUGGCACACUUCGGGGGACAUUCAAGGUUCGUCCUUUAUUUGGAAAGACUACCUCUUGCUUCGGGAUAAGUAAUAGUAAUCGCAAACUAACAAUACCUCCUCGGGAAAAAUUGUUGUUCAGCAAACCUGAUGAGGUUAUACAAAACCGAUACUGUAUACCAACUCAAAAAAAUAACGCAUCUUUCGAUGCAUUUGUUUCUCCCGACACAUUCUUCCAAAUGACUAUUGCUGAUAAUCAUCCUAUCAUCAGGAUUGGCUUGGAAAAAUAUAUUAAGGACGACAAUUCAGAUAUCAAUUUUUAUUUUGUCUUACCAACGGAUUUGUAUAACGAUUACAAACCGCAGGCUCUUCAUACCACAAACAGGACUGUUCUCAAGAAUAAACCGCCUUGGUUUAAUCGCUUCAAACAAUAUGCUCUGGAACUUGAUCCGAA